AUGAAAUUGUUCUCUUUUGCUGCGGCUCUGUACGGCAUCUCCAGCCUGACUGGAGCCUUGGCUGCCAAAUCCUUCUCAGCAUCCAACCUGUACUAUGCUGCUGGCUUGACCGACAGUCAGUCGACCACCCUGCUGGAGGGUCUUCAGAGCGCGGGCGUCAAGGUCCUGCGUGUUUGGCUUGAUGGUCAAUCGGAUAGUCAGAAGGGUACCAACAUCGAUCCAUUCCCUGGUUUGCAGGGUUACAACCCUACUCCCUACGAUGAUACGGUGCUGGAACGCUUGGAUGAUCUCAUGGUCAAGGCUCAUGACUACGGAAUCAAGCUUUUGAUCUCCAUCCAUAGCUACAAUGCCCUUGAGAACAAUGUGGACUUUUACGGAAAGUGGUAUGGCACCGGUUACUUUUAUACCGAUGCCAACGCUAUUCAGUACUACAAGGACCGAGUCGCUCACGUCUUGAGUCACGUCAACUCAAAGACUGGUAAGGCUUGGAGCGAGAGCUCGGAGUACAUUUUCGCCUUUGAGACCCAGAACGAGGCCAUGCACGAUCAGGAGAAUCCGGAUGCCUUGACUAAGUGGCAAUGCACCAUUGCCCAAUCUAUUAAGGACAACCUGAACGGAAACUCAAACAUCCUGGUCGCUACCGGCGGCGGUGCUUGGUUGGCCAACUCUCUUCUCGACCCCUACUUUAGCUGCGACGCGCUCGAUGUUCUCUCCAUCCACGCAUACGGCGUUGGGGAUUUCGCCACUAGCGCCUUGCAACCCUAUGUCACCAAGGCUCAGAAUGCUGGCAAGAAGCUCAUCAUGGAGGAAUGGGGAUCAUGCUACACCGACACCUCCAACCACAAUUACUCCAAUAUCAGAGAAUGGGCCUCGUCUAUCACCGCUGCUGGUAUUCCUUGGUUCUACUGGCAGAUUCUGCCCAACGCCGACCCUCACUACGGCUGGGAUUAUGAGGUUGGCAUCAACGACGUGAACUGGGAUGCUCUCAAGGCUGCUGGUCUCGCUGCCGGCAAUGCCGAAGCCGCCUUUGAUUUCUCCCCCUACCUGCUGUGA